UUUGACCUUGUGUUCCAGUCCUAGCUGGUGGGCUGAGGGCUGAAGUCAACACACCCCAGAAUCUGGAACAUUCGUGCCGGAAACGGGAACCUGCAACCACACACCUUUUUCCUCCAGACACCUGGACCAAGCGGCUGGUGUGAUGCGUGUGGUCGUGAUCGGAGCGGGAGUCAUUGGACUGUCCACGGCCCUCUGCAUUCACGAGCGUUUCCACCCAGCGCAGCCACUGCACAUGACGAUCUAUGCAGACCGCUUCACCCCAUUCACCACCAGCGACGUGGCUGCGGGCUUAUGGCAGCCCUAUCUCUCGGACUCCAGCAACCCACAGGAAGCGGAGUGGGGUCAGCAAACCUUCGACUACCUGCUGAGCCACAUCCAUUCUCAAGAUGCUGAAAAAGUGGGCUUGUCCCUAAUCUCAGGCUACAAUCUCUUCCAACAUGAAGUUCCGGACCCUUCCUGGAGAAACACAGUUCUGGGAUUUCGGAGGCUGACCCCCAGAGAGAUGGACAUAUUCCCUGAGUACAGCUAUGGCUGGUUCAACACAAGCCUGUCUUUAGAGGGGAAGAGGUACCUGCCGUGGCUGACUGAGAGGUUGAUGGAGAGGGGCGUGAAGCUCUUCCAUCGGAAGGUGGAGUCUUUUGAAGAGGUGGCAAGAGGAGGUGCAGACGUGAUCAUCAACUGUACCGGGGUGUGGGCCGGGGCGCUGCAAACAGACGCCUUGCUGCAGCCAGGCCGGGGCCAGAUCAUUCAGGUGGAGGCCCCGUGGAUGAAGCACUUCAUCCUCACCCACGACUCAAGCCUUGGCAUCUACAACUCCCCAUACAUCAUCCCAGGGUCCAAGACAGUUACUCUCGGAGGUGUCUUCCAGCUGGGGAACUGGAAUGAAUUAAACAGUGUCCAUGACCACAACAGCAUUUGGAAAAGAUGCUGUAAACUGGAGCCUACCCUGAAGAAUGCAAGAAUUGUUGGUGAACUCACUGGUUUCCGGCCAGCCCGGCCUCAGGUUCGGCUAGAAAGAGAAAAGCUUCAUUUUGGAUCUUCAAGUGCAGAGGUCAUCCAUAACUAUGGUCAUGGAGGCUACGGGAUCACAGUUCACUGGGGUUGUGCAAUGGAGGCAGCCAACCUCUUCGGAAAAAUUCUAGAAGAAAAGAAGUUGUCUAGGAUGCCACCAGCCCACCUCUGAGGACUCAAGUGGCCAUCACUUGCUCCAUGAGGACACCCCAGCGCCCUACAGCCAAUUAAUCGAUAUUUUCCUUGGUGAUCGUUUUCACUCCCGCUCCCCAGCUUCCUUAGGCAAAGGUGUGAGGUGGAGAAAUCCUGGUCCUCCCCACACAGCCCAUCUGGUAAAGCAUCCGCAGGAUGUUGGCUGGCCCUAAACCAGUUUGCGUGAGAGAGGCGGGGGCCGAGAUCGUGUAGCAAUGCUAUUCUCACAACAGAACGACUGAGCCCAGGUUGGGUGUACUGGGUGGCAGGGUCUGGGCUCAUCUGCCAAGGAGGGGUCCAGACACCUUUGCUUAGACCUCCAGAGUGGUUUACAGCAUACUUGACAUCUACCGUAGUAAUGGGAGGAGGCUGACUCCCGCCCUUGCUACUCUGCUGAUCAACAUUAUUAAAACACUCUUUGGCUAUCCAAA